CAGCAUCUGUGCCACGUCAUACAGAAGUGCUCAUGCCAAGCGGAAACGGGAGCCGAUAUCACCCACGCUGUUCAUCUUAAUGAUGUAGCCAAGCCUCUCCCAAAACUAGUAAAACUUAAAACUUCCCGGUAGUCAUCGUACCUCAGUCUGGGAAUUAAACUGGACCAUCUCUUCGAGUCUUGUGUCAUUUGCUGGCAUAGAUUGUGGAAUGUUGCUGGACGAGACUCCGCUUUUUGAGCCCUCCCUCCUCCAGGAGCUGGACUGGAGUAGCAACACUGUCUCCUUCUCUCCCCCGAUCUCCCCGUCCAGCCCAGGGGAAGGCCUGGUGCUCAGGCCACUCUGUAUGGCAGACUUCAACAGGGGGUUCUUCAAGGUUUUGUCUCAACUCACUCAGACAGGCGAUGUCACACCAGAGCAGUUCGUGAAACAGUUUGAGCACAUGAGGAAGACGGGAGACUACUAUGUUGUUGUGGUUGAGGACACAAAUCUGGAACAGAUUGUUGCCACGGCCACUUUGAUCGCAGAACACAAAUUCAUCCACUCCUGUGCUAAGAGAGGUCGGGUGGAGGAGGUGGUAGUCAGUGACGUGUGCAGAGGGAAGCAGCUGGGCAAACUGUUAGUUGCAACUCUUACUCUUCUUAGCAAAAAACUGAACUGCUACAAGAUCACACUGGAAUGUGCACCCAAAAACGUGGCUUUCUACCAAAAGUUCGGCUACACCCCCUCAGAUGAGACUUACAUGCAGUGUCGAUUCUUCGACUGAGGGCAACAGCGACUUUGAAACGUCCCUUUUGGGAGCGCGGACCUCGCCCCCUGACUUCAAAGCUUAAUGCUGACAAAGUGUCUUAAUAACUGGGAGAGCUGCCCAGAGGACGAGUUUGUGGUUGAGACAGUCGUUUCUGAACACUCGUCAUAAUUCCAGCAAACUUGAGUAAACAAACGUAUGUUGAAACUCUCCAUUCAGUCCGACAUCAUCCUCCGUCUCAGUUGUAACCCUGGCUACCUCACCAGGGUGGAGCUCUGUCAUCAUCCUCCCCGACCACCUGAAGGAUGUCAGCUACUGUAAAUGUAAUGUGUGACAAUGUUAAUACGUAAUUUGCUGUGCACUCACGGAGAAACUAGAGAUUAUAUCUGCAACUGUUGUGAAACUAAGUACACACUAUUGCUUGGGAAAUCAAAAUGGAACCUAAUUAAGUUAUUUAUCGGAAGCAACUAAAUGAUUAUUAAAUUAUUCAGUACAAGCAACAGGUUCUCAAGUUCACUACAAAACCAAGUGUGUUGAAAGAAUUAGUUUCUAUUAGGAUUUAAAUUCACAAGUCGCAGAAGAAAAAAAACUGUUUCUUUGAAUGUCAUUACAAACUUACUUCUCUAAGAGACUUUAGGGCUUACUGUGGGUUUCCUUAUUAUUUGUCCUCUGGUUAUUUAAAGUGCUCUCUGUAUUUCAGCAGGCUUUUCUUUAUUUGACUGUAGUGUUGCUGUUGCAUAACUAUGAUGGCUGCAUCACUAUCAAGUCAAGAUUGUUCUAGUUCUAGCGAAGAAAAAUGUAUUUUGUGAGGCAGCGAUGAGGCUUUAUCCAAUUUAGAGUUUUGUUUUUGGUCAAUAUCUGAAAUUUGUUCACAGUUGUGAUAAAUAUCUAAACAUUUUGUGAUGGGAGAAGGAUGAAAAUGACUUGUGUAAAUUAACUUAUUUAAGUUUUAAAAAUAUGCUGAUAAUCUGGAGAACAGGGGGACAUAUUUAAUCUAAUUUAUUUCCAAAUAUGUAAUACUCACAUUCAGUGUUUUUUUUGCCUGUUUCUACUUGUUAAACAGAAAAGUGAAAUACUGUAGUGUACUACAAAGCAGGUUCAUGUUAUAACUAAAAAUGUUUUAUUUGUUGUACAAAUGGGAAGUUGUGGGAUGGGCAUGUCUAAUCAUAUUUAUUGAAAAAAAAAAUGCACAAGUGGA